AUGUCGGAGGUUGCCUCGGGGCUGGCCAGGCGGGCGUACUGGUUGUGUGCUAAGCGUGGCUGCAACGCUUGGAACUGGUGUGACAAGCGCUGGUCGUGCAAGGUGUGUGGCACCAGUGCUCCCCCAUGGACGAAGGAGUACCGUACCGACAAGGGCCCCCCAAGAGUGGACGCUGACGGGUUCGUACAGCAACCCAGGGGGAGGGCCGAACAGCGGGCUGCGAGGCGCUCGGCCUCCCAGCGGGCCCUCUCUGGGAGCACCGCGCCCAGCAGCACCCCCAACAGCAGGGCACGGCGUGUGCGGCCUUGGGGAGAGGCCAAGUCCCAGUUCGAGGAGCUGCAGGCGCAGCUCGUGGCGGCUAGAGAGCGCGUCGACAAGCUCCAGGGGGCCCUGGCGCUCGGGCUCUCGGCGGACUUCCAGCGUGAGGUGGAGAGCGCCCUCCAGCUGGGCAAGGACCAGGUCGUCGCCCUUGAGCUGGCCGUCCAGGAAGCCCAGCGGACGGAGCGCCCACCUCACUCGGUGCUCCACAUCGAGGCCAACGCCAUUCAGAAGGUCGAGCGCCAGCUGGCCGCGGCACGCACCAAGAAGGAGAAGCUCCAGCUGCAGGCGUCCGAGCUGCGCGAACUCAUCGCGGAGAAGCAGGAGCUGCUGUCGGCAGCCGAGUUGGGAGUGGAUGAGGUCGCGGGGCAGAUUGCCGAGCUGGAGGAUACCAGAGCCAAGGUCACGCAGCAAGCGAUCCAGCGGGCCAACGCGGCCGUCGGCGCCCUUUCGGACCUCCUCAAGCAGCAUGGGUCGGAGCUGCCCCCUAGGCUUUCCGAGAUCGUCGGGAUUCUCAACACGCAGAAGGAGGCGGUCGCCGAGGUGCUCAGGCCCCGCAGCAGCUCGGCCAGGACGCGUUGGGGCGACAGCGUCGGGGACGAUGGCCUCGCGUCCGAGGAUGACGACAUGCCGCUUGACAUCGUGGCCUCUGGGGGGCCCGCGGCCGCCCCGCCCGCUGCAGCCCCGCAGACAGGGCCUACUGCGGCUGGGCCGCCAGCCCCGCGGGCCAGGUCAGCGGACGGGCCCUGCGGCCCUGCAGCGGCCCGCGGCCAGCACGGGGCGACCCUGGGCACGUGGCCUCUGGUGGAGCCGUGCCUCGCCAAGGCCCUCGCUGAGCAAGGGGCGGCCCUCGCGGACAGCGACCCCUUGGCGGCGGGCGGCGCCGAGCACCCCUGCCCGAGGGGCGCGGCGCGCCCUGUGUCGGGCGCUGGUCAGCGCGCAUUCCGCGUGGCAGCCGGCAUCGGCAAGGUGCCGAUGGUUGGCAGGGCAGGAGGCAAGCUGCUUCGAGCUGGCCUCGCCUUGUUCGGCUGCAACGGCAACACGUGGAGCAGGAGUAUUGAGGCCAUUGAGGCCUUCUUCAAGACGUGCUACUACUGGCCCGACGUGGAGGCGCUGCAGGUGACGAGGCUCCCGCAUGAGCGCCUGCCCAGUGCGGCGGCUCAGGGCCGCGGCCUGGGCUUCGUGGCCUUCCUCCCCGAGGCAGCGCUGACGGGCAAGCAGGGGCCCCAGGCGACCUCAGGCGCCGCGGCGAUCCUGGUGCGAUACGGGUUGCAGGCCGACGAGUCGGCGUUCUCGCUGCCCUCGGCCUUGCGGCACCGCCUCAGCUGUGUGGAGGUUGCCACCGCCUCGGGCCUUCGGUUCCUGGCGCCAUCUGGGCCUUUCCAGCACUCUGUGGGCCCGCGAGGCACCAACCUGGACUUGUUUUCGGCCAUCUCGGAAGUGACGGGCGUCUCUGCCGACAUCCCGUGGGUCCUCCAAGCCGACUUCAACAUGGAGCCUGAGCCCCUCGUGGAGUUGGGAUGGCGUUGGCGGUGCGGGGACACGUCCUGGGGCCCUCGGAGGCGACGUGCCAUGCCGAGGGCUGUGACCACCUCUACGUCUGGUUCGUGGCGUCAGCGGCGUUGGCAGCCUGCACGGCCUCCUGCGCCACCACGCUCGAGGGCGUCGGGGUGCACCCUCAUCGCCCUGUCCUGCUUCGCCUCCAGGAUGUUUGCUCGCUUCCUGGGUCCGAGUGUGGAGGAGAUCCCCAUCGACUGUGCGGCUACGGUCAGCUGUCUCACGUUGGGCCAAAGGUACGCGACGGCAGCCUGCAAGCCCAAUGCCCAUCUCAGGGAGGGGAUCUUCGCUUCGCUGGACGUGGGCACGCUCAAGGUGGCCGAGUUUGCAGCUCACUGUACCGCCAGAGACGUGCUGGUUGGCAAGGUCACGGAAGCCUACCUCCUCGGCAACGGUCAUGGCGACCGCUGGGCCAAGGCAGGUGCGGAGCUGCACCGCGCUAGCGCUGUGGCCAGGCGCGGGUUCUUCGGCAUGAUGGAGGUGGCGAGGGAGCUCUCAUGCUGGGUGGCGCAAGCCUCCCUCAGCUGGCAGGGGAUGGCCUUCGCCAGGUGCGGAGACGGCGAAGCCGAGCAGGAGCUGAAGGCGUGCACCCACUGCCCAGGAAGCGACGCGGACCGCGACGGCAUGUGCUUGGCCAGCACCAGGGGUGGCGGGGGACCUGCAAGUGCCGACCGUGUGUGCGGCCCCGCCCUGAGUGCUGGCAGUGCUGCGGUGGCUCGGCCUGAGCCAGCGCAGCCGAGGCGCAGCGUCGCGCCCAGGCUUGAGCUGCAGGUCGCUGGAUGGGCGCGGUACUGGACCCAGGCUCCCGAGGUCGGCGAGACGAUGGAAUGCUACAGCGAGUGGCUCGACCACUGCGUCGGCUACGUCAUGCAGAUCCUGUCCCAGCCACGCUUCGCCACCAGGCUGCGGGCGCGUGGGAGGACGGCCGAGGAGAUGGCCGAGGAGAUCUGCGAGCGGGCCUGGGGGACUGGCAUGCCUGCGAGGCGUGCCUACUACAGGUGGCGCCACACGCUGACGCGGUCGCAGAGGAUCGUGUCGGACUGCACGCGGCGCUACGACUACGUGUGCCUGCGGGCGUGGCUGGCCGAGCUGCAGCGG